AUGGGCUAUGCCGGUGAGGAGGCCAUGUUCGUAAGUCCCCAACUGGUCGCUGACGCCUACGAGGAUUCCGGUGUCUCACUGGACUGGUACCGAAGUUAUAAUUCUUCCAAGGUCUCAGUGAGGCAGUACUUCAGUUCACUGCAGGAUCUUCCGAUCGAAGAUUUUGCUUUUUGCAACGACUCCACGAGGAUGUGGGCAGAUCCGAUUUUCAUGAACGACUCUGCCAGGUGGAGCGGUGAUCUGGAUGGUCUUGUUAGGGUGCCGAACUGUUACCAUGCCAAGUGUCAAGCUUACGAUCGCUUUUGGAUUGCUCCGGCCUGUAGGUCCACGGCCUAUGCGAUCCCGGCAGCAAUUGGAAUCCUGGACCAAAAGUAUGAAACCUCCGCAGCUUCCCAAGAGUACUUCUACGAACUAGCAAGGAACUACCGUGUGCUGUCACAUUGGUUUCGACCUGAUACCUCUCAAGUGGCCUUCAAUCCACAGCAGAUAAUUUUUCCGAUUCACAGUGCCCGUGAGUGGGCUGUCGGCAACAAACGCACUGCCGCCAUUGGAUCGUACAUCGGCAAGCUGGUGAAUCGACGGCUGCGAGAAAAAGCUCGCAGCUUGAUCACUUUUUUGGAUAACCUGCAGCUGGAAUUGAUGGAAAUGCAAGAGUAUCUUGCCAAAAAGGAUUCUUCAAACAGUUGGGAGGAAGUGGCUUGCCAAUGGAUCUUUGACAAUCGACAACGGUGGGAGAUGUGGGUCCCAAAGGACACCACUUGCUUCGCCGGUUUUGGCUUGAUAGGUGUUGCAGAGAAUGCUGUGACGUCACGAGAAGAUGCGGCGGGCUGUGGCCACUGUGCGCCAGGAACCGUUUCAUCCGCGGUGCUGGAUGAUGUUGGACGCACCGAUGCAUGCACUUCUUGUGAGGUUGGUGCAUACCAGGAACAGGCCGGAGAGACGUUGUGCGUGAGAUGUCCGGCGGGAAGGAUUGCAACUACAGCUGGCCGUCCCCAAUGUGAGGCUUGUCCACCAGGGACCUAUGCGAAUUCAUCGGGCCUAGACAUGUGUCAUGUGUGUGGAACUGGCAGCAUUCAAUGGACUACAAGCCGAGUGACACAAGUCCGCGGAAUCCCACAGUGGCUACAAAUAGAAGCUGCCGUGUCUGAAUCUUUCUGUCGCUGCAUUCCUGGUUGGUUUCUUGGAGAGGACCAGACAUGCCACGAAUGCAUCAAGGGAGCCUCGUGUCCGGGCUCUAACGAUAUUCAUUUGAUACCCGGAUACUUUUCCUUUGCUUACGACCGUGGAUCAAUCUACAGGUGCUAUCGCAAUGCAUUAGCCUGUCCAGGGGGUGUUCCAGGAAGUUGCGCGGAAGGCCGAGAUAGCAGCAGCGUUGCAUGCAGCGCUUGCUUACCCGGUUUGCAUCCCACAGCUGAAGGCUGUGUACCAUGCAGGGGACAGGACUGGCGGGGCGGGGUCGUGUGA